AUGCAAUCCAUCGCGAACGAGCGCAACUCCUGGACCGCCCUCGUUGAAGAAGUGGCCCUCAUCGAGUCCCCUGGUACAGCAUCGCUUGCGGCGUGCGAUCAUGAUAUGGUGAACUGGGAAGACGUCGGGUCUAUCUUCAGCGACGCGCUUGUGGACGAAGCCAGUAUUGACCAAGCGAUUUCAACCGCUACCACCAACGCCGACUUCGACUGGACCGACCUACUCCAGGCCUUCAACGCACCCGUCCCCUUGGAAACACAGUCAUUGGUGUUCGCCAUGACCACCCCACCACACAGUACCAACCCACGAACCAACUCCAAGUGCGGUAAAGCCACUGAUCUCCACCCCUCCAGCAAGAAAUGCCCUAAGAAGUGCUCGGAGCCUACGUGCUGGAACAAGAUUCGAUCGCGAGGCUACUGCAAAAUGCACGGAGGGGGCAAGCGGUGCUUGAUUCCAGGCUGCAACACCUGUAGCGUGGGCGGGUAUUACUGCAUCAAGCAUGGAGGCGGCAAGAAGUGCAGUAUCAACGGCUGCUCAAAUGCCAUUCAGUCUCGAGGGGUGUGCAAAGCCCAUGGCGGGGGUGCCAGGUGCACAGUCGCAGGGUGUCAAAAGAGCAGCCAGGGCAAAGGACUUUGCACGUCACACGGAGGCGGCAAGCGCUGCGAAGUCAGUGGUUGCGGCAAAGGGGCUCAAACUAGGGGUCGGUGUUACGCUCAUUGUGGUUAA